CACUGGCUCCAGCGAUGGCGCCCCCGCCGGCACCGGUAGCGACCGGUAGUGAUGGCCAUCGCCAACCGCUCACUGAGGCGGAGAAGAAGGAGGAGCAGCGGCUGCGGCGUGUCAUCGCCAACCGGGAAUCCGCCCGUAAAACCAGCCUCCGCCGCAAGGCGCUGCAUGCAGACCUGGAAAAGAAGGUCGCGGAGCUGACGACCGAGAACGAGAACCUCAAGAAGGAGAAAGAAGUGUGGACGGAGAAGUACCAGACGCUCCUCGAGAAACAACAGCAAGAGGCAAACACCUUCCUUCGCUUUCCUCCUCCUGCUACUUUCAAUUAUAUGCGUCUCUCUGUCGUUUCUUCCCCUUUCCGUUAUUAGUUUUAGCAUGUUAGUAGUAUUAGUACAACUUUUUGUUUGGCCAUGUACU